CUUUCGGGCUUUCGUCUCGUUGUCCACCGCCUAUUCAAAUCCCUCUCUAUAGCCCGCCCUACUCUCUUACUCCCAGCCUUCCGAAAACCCCCACUCCCCAUGGAAGAAGACGACGAUCUCUGGCAGCGGUACCUCGAGCUCGACGACGACGACCCCGGCGGAGGGCCCGACUCCCAGCAUCUCUCCUCCUCCCCCUCCUCCCCCUCCUCCUACCUCGCUGGCUUCCUCAUCGCCAACAUCGUCGGCCUCCGCUACUACUCCGGCACCAUCAGCGGCCGCGAGAUGGUCGGCCUCGUCCGCGAACCCCUCAACCCCUACGAUCCCAACGCCAUCAAGGUCCUCAACACCCGCAUGGCCCAGGUCGGCCACAUCGAGCGUUCCGUCGCCGCCGUCCUCGCCCCGCUUCUCGAUUCCCGCCUAGUCUCCGUCGAGGGCAUCGUCCCCAAACCCCCCAAGAACCGCAAUCCAUACCGCCUUCCCUGCCAAGUCCACAUUUUCGCCCGUCCCGACGCCAUCCCCCUUGUCCGCGAUGCCCUCGACCAAGGCGGCCUCCAGCUUAUCGACGAGUCCGAUCUCCAGUUCGGCCUCUCCGAGGCUGCCAUCGUCCAGGAGAGGAAUUCCAAUUCCAAUUCCAAGGCCGGGAACGGUGCUCGGAGGAUCGACGAUAUAUUUGCUCUCGUUGGUAAAGAGGACGAGGCGAAAAGGUUCCAGCUUGAACCCCCAAAGGAGUUCGUCGUAUCAGAGCUCUUUGCGCACCAGAAGGAAGGGUUGGGGUGGUUGGUCCGAAGGGAAAAUUCAUCCGAUUUGCCGCCAUUUUGGGAGGAGCGGAGCGGGAGCUUCGUGAAUGUGCUGACGAAUUACCAGACCCACGAGCGGCCGGAGCCGCUAAGGGGUGGGAUCUUCGCGGACGACAUGGGUUUGGGAAAGACCCUUACUUUGCUCUCUCUCAUUGCCAUUAACGGGCCUGGUAGUACCAGUAGUUCCUCUGUGAAAAAUAUAGGAGGAGAGGAUGAAAAGUCGAGAACUUUGGGUCGUCGGAAGAAAUCGAAUUCAGGUAAAAAUGAUGGGGGUGCUCGUCAAAGACGCAAACUUAAUGACGGGAUUCGGAGUACUGAGGUUUUAGGCUCGAAGACGACGUUAGUUGUGUGUCCACCUUCAGUAUUUUCGUCAUGGAUAACUCAGUUGGAAGAACAUACGAUGCCUGGUAGUUUGAAGGUCUACUUGUACCAUGGGGAACGUACAAGGGAACCGAAGGAGCUUCUGAGGUAUGAUAUUGUGCUGACAACCUACAGUACUUUGGCUGCAGAGUUUAGUGAUCCUGAGUCACCUAUGAAGGAGAUAGAGUGGUUAAGAGUUAUAUUAGAUGAGGCUCAUUUGAUCAAGAAUUUUGCUGCUCAGCAGACGAAAGCUGUCAUUGCUUUGAAGGCGGAAAGGAGGUGGGCAGUAACAGGGACACCCAUUCAGAACAGUUCCUUCGAUUUAUUCUCACUCAUGGCUUUCUUAAGAUUUCAGCCAUUUUCAAUUAAGUACUAUUGGCAGAGCUUAGUACAGCGCCCAUUAGCACAGGGGAGUAACAGCGGAUUAUCACGUCUGCAGGCCUUGAUGGGUACCAUUUCCCUGCGGCGAACAAAAGAUACCCAGAGCGGAAACAAGAGCGUGGUUGGGCUGCCACCAAAAACUAUUGAAACUUGCUUUGUGGAACUCUCUGCUGAGGAAUGUGAAUAUUAUGAUCAUAUGGAAUCAGAAGCACAAAACACAGUGAGGGAGUACAUCGACGCAGACACUGUGUUACGCAAUUAUUCUACUGUACUUCAUAUUAUAUUACGGCUUCGCCAGAUCUGUAAUGAUAUGGCAUUGUGUCCAUCAGACAUUAAAUCAUUCCUUCCAUCUGAUACUCUUGAAGAUGUGUCUCGAAAUCCAGAGCUGUUAAAGAAGUUGGCCUCACUGGUUGAAGAUGGAGAUGACUUUGACUGCCCUGUCUGCCUCUCUCCGCCAAUCAAAGCUGUCAUAACUUGUUGCGCUCAUAUUUUUUGCCAAGCUUGCAUUCUAAGAACCUUGAAGCACCUGAAUGCCUGCUGUCCUAUUUGUCGCCAUCCCUUAUCAAAAUCAGACCUUUUUUUAGCCCCAUCAACAGAGUCAUCCAAAGAUGAUGAGUCCAAAGUUUUUGUUUCUGAUAGACCUGUCUCUUCAAAAGUUUCUACCUUACUGAAGCUUCUAUUGGAAACCAAGAAACAGAACCCUGAAAUAAAGUCGGUCAUUUUUUCUCAGUUCAGGAAGAUGUUGAUCCUGCUCGAGGAGCCACUAAAGUCUGCUGGAUUUGAAAUUUUGCGAUUAGAUGGCUCCAUGAGCGCAAAGAAGAGAUCUGAAGUGAUCAAGGAAUUUGGCAAGGGUGAUCCUGGUGCACCCACAGUGCUACUGGCCAGCCUUAAGGCUGCAGGUGCAGGAGUAAAUCUAACAGCAGCUUCAAGAGUAUACCUGGUCGAACCAUGGUGGAACCCAGCACUUGAGGAACAGGCAAUGGACAGGGUGCACCGGAUUGGGCAGCAGCAGGAUGUAAGGGUGGUAAGGCUGAUAGUGAGGGGUAGCAUUGAGGAGAGGAUCCUUGAGUUGCAAGAAAGGAAGAAAAAAUUGGCAAGUGGUGCAUUUGGGAGCAAGGCAGCCAAAGAACAGAAGCAGAUGCGUGUUGAAGAUGUUCGCAUUGUGAUGCGUCUGAUGAGAUGAGAAUUAGUGGACAAUACCAGAAGUAGAUUAACAAAUGUUUAGAGGCAAUCAAAAUCAAGCUGAACAUGGGAUAUUGGUACAGAAAACAGAGGAAAUCACAGCAUGUUCAGAACCAUGAGAGCAUAGUGAUGAAUGACACUGAAGAUUACUGGUUACAAAGUGUACUGGAGGCAGGAGACAUGCUAGAGACCUCUACGAGAAUUGCUUGAGAUGCUCAGAAGGAUCUACAUUUUAAUUUACUGAUACAUCUGUAAUCAGUAGUCUAAGGAAAAUGAUCGAAUGAGGACAAACCAGAAUAUUUGAUGAGCACAAUUAAGGUGCAGCAAGAUUAAUAGAAAUCAACUUAUAUGACUUAAUGACUUUCAGUUCUUGCAGACGGACUUCUUUGAGGAGCCAAUGCAUAUAUUUUUUCUAAAACAGUAUUAAAAGAUAAUAGAGAAUAUGACACAAGUGUUUUGCAACAAAAGCAGCAUAGACAAUGAGCAGACAUAAGCACUGGACAAAACCAGAGCCUCUGCAUCUAAAGAGCAGCCAGCUAUGAACCUUAUUCAAUUCUCAAUUUUGCUUGCGCCCCUUGAAUCUGGUUCAUCUGUUACCUCAUCUCUUCAGCAUUUAUUUUUCAAACUCUCCAUGGACCAUUUCCUCAAUUUGAGGUGCAAGUUUUCUUUCUUUUCUCGUUUCUUUUUUCAGAAAAAGAGUUCCGUUUUCUCUCUCUCUCCUCCUCUUCAAGGCAGUAUCCUGCAGCAGAAGAUUACAUCACAGCACUCCACACGUCAGAGGGCUUCCUAGCCCUAUGGACACACAAUCGAAUGCGUUGCAUCUUGCUAAAAAAUUCUGCUGCAUGAAUAAGUAUGACGAGCAGGUUAGAACUAUGCAUCAUUUAUAAUGUACAUUAAUCAAGCAUGUCCAUCUAUCUUGUGCUAAUAUUAUUUCUUUCUCCUAGUUGAUGCUAUAACACCUUCCAAGAAGAAAAGGAAAGAGACUUGAGAGAAUUCAGAACCCAGAAAAGGAUUAUGAACUGGUUUUCCCAACUAUUCCAAUUGCCUCAUAUGACCAUCCCGGCCUUUUUCGAACUUAGAAGGUAAGAAAAAAGCUAGAACUCAAUUAUUGAGGCAUUCCCUUGAUGUUGGUCAAAUACUUGAAGAUUGGGCUAUAUUGAUCAACACCUGCUAAAGGUGGUCCCAAUGCAAGCUGCUGCUGCUGCCUUCCUUCCUAUCCUAACAACCACAGCCUCCUUUGGUGUCACAUGUCCAAUCUUAUAAUAUCCUCCCCCUUGUGGAGGAUGGAAAAGGGAAUGGAUAAAAUCCCAUGCAAGCUAAGAAGAUAGCCUUGCAUUCAUGCUCCCUUAUGGGAUAUGAUCAAAUCUUUGACAUAAAAUAGAGGGAGGGCCAUGUCCUCCACAUGGCUCCUUGUUAUUAUUGUUGGAAAUGUGCGGGGGGAUCAAAUGUCAAUUGCGUAAUGCAUAGGUGGUCAA